UUUCCAUUCAUUCAAACCAUCCCAUAGCAUGUCUGGCGAACUCAAGACCGUGUAUGGCACGCUGCCAGCGACAACCCGCGGUGUCCCCGUGCACCUCGGCGGCGACCCGAAGGGCAAGAACUUCCUCUACACGAACGGCCAUUCCGUCUUCAUCCGCGACAUUAACAACCCGAUGAUUGUCGAUACCUACAACGAGCACCAAGUCAACGCCACCGUCGCUCGCUACUCGCCCUCGGGCUUCUACAUUGCCUCUGGAGACGAGUCUGGCAAGAUUCGCAUUUGGGACACGGUCAACAAGGAGCACAUCCUCAAGUACGAGUACCGCCCGCUCUCUGGCGCCAUCAAGGACAUUGGCUGGUCUGAGGACAGCAAGCGCAUCGUUGCUGUCGGCGACGGUCGCGAAUCGUUUGCCUCCGUCUUCCUGUGGGACUCUGGCUCCACUGUCGGUGAAAUUCUCGGCCACAACAAGGCCAUCAACUCGGUCGCCUUCAAGCAGCAACGCCCCUACCGCAUUGCUACCGCUGGCGAGGACUGCAUCACCAACCUCUACGAGGGCCCUCCGUUCAAGAUUACCAAGAGCAACAUUUCUGACCACACUCGCUUUGCCAACUGCGUCCGCUUCAACCAUGACGGCUCCAAGUACCUGACUGUCGGCUCUGACGCCAAGGGCUUCUUCUACGACGGCAAGACCGGCGAGAAGAUUGGCGAGCUCGGCGACGCGUCCAACAAGCACACUGGCAGCAUCAUGUCGCUCAGCUGGAGCGCGGAUGGCUCCCAAGUCAUCACGGCCUCGGCCGACAAGACCGCCAAGCUUUGGGAUGUGGCACGCAACGUUGUCGUGUCGACCUUCACUUUUGGCGACGCUGUCGAGGACCAGCAGCUCGGCACCCUUUGGCAAGGCUCGCACAUCCUGACUGUUUCGCUGUCGGGCUACAUUAACUACCUUGACGUCAACAACCCCAACAAGCCCCUGCGCAUCCUCAAGGGCCACAACAAGAGCAUCAACUCGCUCUCGAUCGCCUCCGACCGCUCGACGUUCUACUCUGGCUCGUACGAUGGCCGCAUCACUGCCUGGAACUAUGGCAACGGUGAGAACGACAUUGUCCAGGGCAAGGGCCACACCAACGACGUGACCCAGCUCCGCACCCAGGGCGACAAGCUCGUCUCCAUUUCGGCCGACGACUCGAUCCGAUUCACCGACUCGGCCUCCAAGACGUACUCGGACGACAACAAGGUUGGCCUCCCCAGCGUCCCCCACGGCCUCGGCGUUUCCAAGUCCAACAUUGCCGUUGUUGCCUGCCACAACUCGGUCGAGCUCCUCCGCAACGGCAAGAAGGCGUCGUCCAUCAACGUCGCGUACGAGCCCCAGGCUGCUGCCAUCAACCCCGCCGAAAACCAGGUCGCGGUCGGUGGCAAGGACGGCAAGCUCUACGUCUACACCUUGAACGGCGAUUCGCUCGUCGAGAAGACCCAGCUCGAGAGCAAGGGCCCCGUCACCUCUGUCGCCUACUCUGGCAACGGCCUCUGGCUUGCGGUCGGUGACACCCAACGCAACAUUUACGUGUACGAGGCCUCCUCGCUCGAGCGAAAGAUCACCUCGUGGGUCUUCCACAGCGCUCGUGUCAACGCGAUCGCAUGGUCGGCAGACAACCGCCACCUUGCCAGCGUUGGCCUUGAUACUAGCAUUUAUGUUUGGGACGUUGAGCAGCCCAACAAGCGUGUUCACAUCAAGAACGCCCACCCCGGCAACAUUACCUGCGUCGAGUGGCUCGAUGAGAACACUCUCCUCACUGCCGGACAAGACUGCUGCGUCCGUUCGUGGACAAUCAAGUACUAAGAAGUGCAAGAGGCCAUCUCUGACUCUGCGCCUUUUUCUCUGCUGUCUUUUUUUUUUUCUUUACCGUGUUCUGCCGCGUUCUGCCUCUGUUGUU